AUGUCGUUGCAGUGCUUCAGAGCAGCUGGGGGUGCGUUGCUUUCCUUGCAUGGCGGGCGCCCCUCAGCUGCAGCCACUGUCGUUGUGGCUCUCUGGCACCCUCGCAGAGCCUUCAUCGAGCACAGCGCGGACCCGACGAGGUGGCGGAGCCCGGAUAAGGCGGAGGUGAAACGGCAACACCCCGGCGUGCGGCUUGGCUCUGAGUUCGCUCGCAUCAAGGAGCGUGGGGAGGCGGAGCAGCAGCUCGUCGACGCCGGCAAGUUUACAGAUUGGGGCAUGAUGUGGCGCUUUGCUGUUGGUGCCGCCGUGGUGCUUGUGCUGCUCAAUGUGCUGCUGGCGACGGUAGAGCCUAACCCUCCGCCGGAGUACACGCCGUACUUGCCCCCGCUGGAGCGGCGAUCUGACGACGUGCAUAGGCGCGCGUCGCGGCCUUGA